GCCGAUUCAGAAUUAAAACGCGGAGAAAAGACGCGCAAGAGUUUUGAAGAAGAAGUUAAUUUUGUGGGAAAGUUCUGUCUUUCUCGGAGGGAAGAAGAUCCAUAUACUCCAAAUCGGAAAGGUGUUUUGUUAUUCUUCUGAUCGGCGUUGGGUUUGAUACAUUUGGAUACUUGGAAAGAUGGAUCCUAACCAGGCACCAGUUGAAAACUAUGCGAACCCAAAGACGUGUCUCUUCCAUGUUCUAUUCAAGGGUGCUGCGUUGGCGUUUUACAUUCUCUCGGCUCUCUUCUUCAACAGCUUUGUGAUAAUCUUUGUGGUGACUGUUCUUCUUGCGGCACUUGACUUCUGGGUGGUUAAGAAUGUGAGUGGGCGUAUACUUGUUGGUCUCAGGUGGUGGAACGAGAUCAAUGACUUGGGUGAAAGUGUCUGGAAGUUUGAGUCUCUUGACCAGGAGGUUACUACACUCUCGUUUUUACUUUAUUCAUUAAGCAAAAUAAUUCUUACUAGUUUUUUACCUUUCUCGAAUUUUUUACUUCGUUUGUGUGUGUAUCAGUCCUUGGCUCGGAUGAACAAGAAAGACUCAUGGCUUUUUUGGUGGACGCUUUACCUUGCAGCAGCUGCGUGGUUAGUCCUUGGGAUAUUUUCACUGAUAAGGUUUCAGGCUGACUAUCUGCUUGUUGUCGGCGUGUGCUUGUCCCUCAACGUGGCUAAUAUCAUUGGCUUCACAAAGUGCAAGAAAGAUGCAAAGAAACAAUUUCAGCAGUUUGCCUCACAGACAAUCGCAUCACGGUUCCAGUCCACGGUACAAUCUGCCUUCACCCUUGUCUGAAAAGAAGAAAAGAUUUGUUGAGAGCAGAGACAGUGUACAAAGAAGAUUUGCCAUAAGCAAACACCCUGUUUUUUGACUGAUUCGUUUUCUCAAUAUACUAGUUUGUAAGGGAUUAAGAAAGAGAUUUAUUAUAUUAUGUCUUCUUACAUGUAUUUUCAUUUUCGACUUAUACCCUGUUCAAGAAACAUUUUGAGGUUGUAAAACAUUUUGAAAAGAUCUCGAUGUAGCUUUC